AUGAAAGAGAGAGAGGAAGCAGACGGCAGAAAUAGAAAAGAAAGAAGAGAAGGAAAGAAAAAGAAAGAAGUUGAGAAGAAAAGAAGAAGCACACAGAAAGUUGGGAAGAAAAUGAGAGUGGGAGUGACAUCACCGCAAAUGCUCUCUGCCGUAUCUUUGCCACCUCCUUCUUUCGUGAACCCACGCGCCUCCCGUCUCUGCCCCUCGACCCUCAACGUCUUAUCUUCUCCGCUACAGAAGCUUCCAAAAAUCAAUUUCCGGUUCAACUGUGCUCGCGAUUCGGGUGAGAAUGAGAGCAAAACGAUUCUGGAUGCAUUUUUUCUUGGGGAAAGCUGUGGGAGAAGCCAUUAG